AUGGCGCUGUGCUCCGAGGCCUGUGUCUCCGGCUCAGGAGGAGAGUCCUCCGGGAGUGAGGCGGGUUCUACCUGUCUUCAGUUUGGUGUUCGUUCCUAUCUGCACCACUUCUACGAGGAGUGCUCGUCCUCCGUGUGGGAGACGGACCUGGAGGAUCAAGGGUUCGUCCAGAGCCAGAGGUCAACCCUGUGGUGGAGCUCAGCUGUGUGGAAGGUGUCCUUGGCCCUGGGUCUCCUGAUCCUGACUGCAGGUAUUACCAGCCUGUCAGUCGGCUACUCCACUCCCCAUAAAAUUGAGUCGUUCGGAGAGGGAGACCUGUUCUUCUUGGACACCCAGGCCGUAAGCUUCAACAGGGGCCUGCACCUCAGCGCCACGGCCGGGAUUGGCCUCUCCUGCCUCGGCUCGGCUCUGGUGGCGAUGGGGCUUGUCGUUUGGGUCCUCCCCAGGGCCAGCUUCAAAGAGAGGCUCUUCCACAGGCCGGGGGAAGGAGAGCAGAGAGGAGAGUCGGGGUCAAAGUGGAGGGUAACGGGGGAUGUGGUCACUAAGCCACCAGGUAUAGAGGAGGGGAAGAUACCCAUCACGCUGUCGAAAGUGGAAAAUGUGCAGCCCACUUCUUAA